AUGACAAACGAAUAUGCUAAGCGCCUCAAUGGCUUUGACAAGCCUACGGUCUGGCACGAAUUUACUUCUCUGGCUUUGGAGCAUAAAGCGGUUAAUUUGGGACAAGGAUUUCCAGAUUGGCGCUGCGAGGGCUUUAUAAAGGAGGCGGCUAAGGACGCACUAGACGCCGACUUCAAUCAAUAUGCGCGUCCUCAGGGCCACAAAAAGCUCGUCGAGGUGCUGGCAAAGAUAUACUCCAAAGAACUGAAACGUGAAAUUAACUGGGUCAAUGAGGUUGCAGUGGGUGUCGGCGCAACUGAGACUAUCUAUGCAGCCCUUAACUCGUUUGUGGAGCCUGAAGACGAGGUGAUUGUGUUUGAGCCGGCCUUCGACAUUUAUGCGGCUCAAAUUCAGAUGACUGGCGGUGUGUGUCGGUUUGUGCCACUUCAUGUGCGCAUGAGCGAGAAAACCGGCACCAUGUCGAUUGAUAUCGAUGAGCCUACUCUAGCAGCGGCCUUUUCGUGUAAGACCCGUGCGAUACUCCUCAAUAAUCCGCACAAUCCGACGGGCAAGAUGUUUACGAAGGAUGAGCUAGAACUUGUUGCCAAGUAUGUCCGUCAGUACCCGCGCGUGAUCAUUAUCUCCGACGAAGUGUAUGAACAUAUUGUGUUUGAUGGUAACAAGCAUAUACGGAUUGCCAAUAUGGAUGGCAUGUGGGAGCGUACGCUGACGAUAUCGAGCGCCGGAAAAACCUUCUCGGUGACUGGCUGGAAGGUUGGCUGGGCCAUUGGGCCUAGCAAUCUCAUUAAGGGCGUCUGCCUCGCCAAUAACUGGAUCCAGUUUAGCGUUGCAACGCCACUCCAAGAGGCAGUCGCUAAUAUGUUGGAGCUUGCCGAAAAUCCGUACAAGGAAUUUCCGACCUUCUACGCUUUCGUUGCUGACCAGUACAAGCAAAAGCGUGACCGUCUUAGUCGUGCGCUGAUGGAUGUAAAUAUUAUCCCUAUCACACCUGAAGGUGGCAUCUUUCUAUACUCGGACAUUUCUGCAGUAAAGGUGCCCAAAGAUUUUAUACGGACUAAAAUGACGUACGACUGGGCAUUCUGUCGCUGGCUGACUAUCGCCAAGGGCGUGACAGCGAUCCCGACCUCAGCGUUCUUCUGUCAUGCAAACCAAACAAAAGGCAGUCGAUGGGCGCGUUUUGCGUUUUGCAAGACUGACGAGGAUAUCGAAGAAGCCAUCAAGCGUCUUGCCAAGCUCCACGAUACGUAA